GUGCUUCGCCAGUUUGUAAGGCAUGAGUCUGAUACAGUUGGCUCAUUGGUACUCGAAAGAUCCAUGAAUCGUGUUCAGUUACUUGGUCGGGUUGGACAAGACCCUAUCAUGAGGCAAGUGGAAGGAAAAAAUCCUGUUACCAUAUUUUCUCUUGCAACCAAUGAGAUGUGGCGAACAGGGGAAAGUGAGGUAACCCAGGGAGGUGAUAUCAGUCAGAAGACGACGUGGCACAGGAUCUCUGUCUUCAGACCGGGCCUCCGGGAUGUCACGUAUCAGUAUGUGAAAAAAGGUUCUCGACUCUAUGUUGAAGGGAAGAUAGACUAUGGUGAAUAUACAGAUAAAAACAAUGUGAGGCGACAGGCCACAACAAUUAUAGCAGAUAAUGUAAUUUUUCUGAGUGAUGGUGGCAUGAAAGAAAAGGUGUGAGGUCAUUAGUGCUUGGACCUAGGCCAUUUCAUUCCUUCUGUUUUACAGUGCUUCAUAAUUCUGUAAUCAUGUAUAUUGCUGUAGUUUCUUUAACAAAUAAAUAAAAUGUUUGAUACCUA